GUGUCUCGAGGCUGGGACUGUUGUCCCCCGUGCUUGCUGGCCGUGGCUACUCGUGGCCUACGGGGCCCUUAGACGUCGUCGGGGAGCGGGCGGCAGGCGACAUCCUCGGGCGUGAGAAUUGUGCCCAUUUGCUGGGGCUUCUGCCGCGGUGGGAGCACCCAGGAACAGGUCUGAGAAUCUGACCUGAGUCGCCAAGUCCCUUCUGGGGGUCGGAUGGUUGCCGUGAAGUUUCUCUUCGCCACGUGAUCCAACUUGACUAGCUCCUGGCUGCAGCCUGCUGCUUGCCUGGGAGGCGCCAUGGUGUGUGCUGCUGUCCUGACACGUGGAAGACGUGCCAUCCGAGCCCUCUGCAUCCAGGCCGCGCCUUCGGUUCUGCCAGCCAGUACCGUGCGCUGCCUCGCCCUGAGCAGCUUAAGGAGAUCCAACAGGAAGAUGGAUCACUUGGCGAGAACAGCGAGUGCCGUCCGCCGGGAGGUGGUGUCGCCGGCCAAGGUGUGUGCAAUUGCAGCUGAGUCGCCCUCCGUGAAGAGCCUCCGCUUGCUUGUGGCCGAUAAGGAGUUCUCCUUCAAAGCCGGCCAGUGGGUCGAUUUCUUUAUCCCCGGGGUCUCUGUGGUUGGUGGGUUUUCCAUAUGCUCCAGUCCCAGACUGCUUGAACAGGAGAGGACGAUCGAGCUGGCAGUGAAGUACGCGAACCACGCCCCUGCGCUCUGGGUCCACAGGACGUGUGCACUUGACUCUGAAGUGGCAGUGAGAGUGGGCGGAGAGUUCUUCUUUGACCCUCAGCCCACCGACGCCUCCAGGAACCUCGUGUUGAUUGCAGGAGGAGUUGGAAUUAACCCCCUGCUUUCCAUCCUGCGGCACUCGGCAGAUCUCCACCGAGCGCGGGCAAGCACAGGCAGCGGGUAUGAGAUCGGAGCAGUGAGACUGUUCUACAGCGCAAAGAAUACCAGCGAGCUGCUGUUUCAGAAAAAUAUCCUCGAUGUAGUCCAUGAGUUUCCUGGGAAGAUUACAUGCAGUCUACACGUUACAAAGCAGACUACACAAAUCAGUGCCGAACUCAAGCCCUACACCACGGAAGGAAGAAUAACGGAAAAAGAGCUAAGUGACCAUAUUUCCAAGGAGACUUUAUUCUUUAUUUGUGGUCCACCUCCGAUGACGGACUCUUUCUCCAAGCUCCUGGAAAACAGCCACGUUCCUAGAGAACACAUCUGCUUUGAGAAGUGGUGGUAGGGAACGGCCAGCGGCCAGGAUGGGAGGGAGACGUGGACCCGGUGGGGCCAGGCAGAGCCGUGCUGUGCUCGGCGACUGACUGGGUCUGCCCUUCCCAGAAGACCUGGGGAGGCAGGGAAGCCUGCCACAGACCGUUGAUCCAGCUGUGCCACUGCACAGGUUUUCUUGUUAUUAAUUUUCUCAUGAUAUUAUCAUGAGCUGGUCGGCAUAGAACUUUCUUUUGCAAGGUAUAUACGUGGGUUUAAUCAUGAGAAAAAUGGAGUUUUGUGAAUGAGGUAUAGGGUAUC